AUGUUGGGAGGGUUUGCGCGCGACAAGAUGCGCAGAGAGAUGGACUGGUCAUUCGCCUACGACUUCAACCCUUCUGACCACCAGGCUAUCCUGCAAAAGCACUGCUCAAGCAACGACAGAAUGAUCCGUCGCAGUCAACAGGAGUUCGUUGUGGUUAUGGUUGGUCAUUCAUAUUUUUGCACCUGCCUCUUGCUGCAAAACACGGGGAUUGUGGACAGCAGGUGCAAGUAUAGGAUCAGCCUCGUUCUCAAGCGCUGGUUCAAGGAGCAGUGGCAGGAUCUCGAAGAUUUCGAGAUAAAAGUUGGUUCAGAGCUCUUAGUCGCCUACCCGCAUCACAGCGCCUCCAUCAGGACCGAGGAUCACCCCACCAGGACUGAGGAUCACCUCGCCAGCACUCGUACGAGGAUUGUGCACACCUUGUUCUCUACAGAAUCCUCGGCAUCACAGCCAAGGAAGGAAGAGCGACUGAGGAAGAAGCGGUACGCAGAUGUUGCAGGGAUACGAUGCAAACGCUCAACAACCUCUCAAUCUCGCUGAAACGGAGACAGGGGCUCAUGGAGCUACAGGACGCGUCUGACAACGAAGCAGGUCUUGGUGUCACCAAAGACCCACUUGUAGUGAAGCCGAAGGGGCGUCCAAGAGCCAAACGCAUCAAGAGCAGCAGCGAGAUGUCGCGACCAUCCAAAGAAUUCCGUCCUGAAACAGACUUUGAAAAAUAAACGAGU